UUCUAGUUCCAUGUAGCCAACCUUGUAACGAAUUCAAUCCAAUCAGACUGAAUUAUCAAGUUUUCCUUAUCAGAGAUCCUGUACCUGCCCAUGUGGUGUGCUCUGGUGAACUGGACAAGUUGGUGGUUAUCCAGAAAUAUAAGUGUAAGGAGUUGUUAAAAAGGAGAAGACAUCCAAAACAACUUCAACAACAUGUCAAGGGAAACUAGAGUGUUGAGUCCCACAGAAGUCAAGUUUAUAAGAAGUGAUGCAGACUUUGAAGAAGAAGAGUAUGAAGAGGUACAAUCUGAAGAUGGAGAGGAAGAAAAUGAAGAAAUGAUCUGUAGUGACUCAGAAUUAGAUGAGGAAGAAAUACAUAAUUUAACCCUUGAGCUUGACCAAAGGGUAAAUAUAGUUGAAGCCAGAAAGAGUGAUGAUGAAAUAGAGCAUGAAGAUGAUGAGGAGGUGGAAGAAAUUUUAGUACAAGAGAAUAACAAAAAAGGCAAAAAUAAUUCUUCUAAGCAAGGUAUAAAACCUUCAACCAAACAAAAUAAAACAAAAAAAAUACUUAAUAGUGAUGCUACUGAUGAAGAAGAAUUAAAACCUAAAGGUAGAAACAGAAAGGCUGCAGCAAUUAAAGAAGAUGAUGCCAAUGAUAAGUUACCCCUUUCAAUUGCAAAUGAUAAGAAUGAAGAUACAAAACCAAAAAGAGGAAGGAAUAAUAAAAAUCAGCCAGCAGAAGGAAAGGGGGUAAAAAAUGAUCCUUCAAAUGAUAAGGGAGAAGCUAAAGUUGCAGUUAAAGAAGAUCCACCAAAGAAGACCAAAGGUAAAAAACCAGAGCCAAAUAAAUCAGAAAAAGAUGAAGCUUUAACUAUUUUACCAAAAGAUGCUAAGGACAAUGGUAAUCAUAGUUCCAAAUCAAAGAAAAACAAGAAACAGAAAGGAGAAAAUUCGAAUACUGAAGAAGAUAGUAGUGAAAGCAAAAAUAUUGAGGGACACAAACCUAAUAAAGUAGAAAAUUCUGGAAAAGAAAAUAAAGAAAAUGCAAAACCUGAAAAAGCAAAGUCCAAAACAAUCUCUAGUUUAGAAACGGAACAAAAAGAAGCUCAAGAAACUGGAAAGACAGUUAGUAAAUCUGGGAAAGGAAAAUUAAAGAACACAGCCAAUGACUUAAAAGAAAACCAGAAUCCAAAAAAACACCAGAAAGAAAUUGAUGACCUCAUUGAACCUGAACUUUCAACUGCAAAUCAGCGACCUAAACGAAAUAUCACAAAGAAGACGGAUUAUACUGAAGAGAAAGUGGAAACCAAGCCGAAAAAAGUGGCUAAGGCCAAGAAGCCACUUGAAGACAACAUGGUUGAAAGCUCUAAUAAAGGCAAGGAAAAGAAAAAAACUGAACCCGAAGUUGUAAAAACUCGUAGGGGAAAGGGAAAACAAUAAAUUAGUUGAGUAUGAAGUAAUCAGAGAAAAAAACUAUAUUAAUAUGUGGGUUUUAAUCCAUGCUUACAGAUACUUUUUUAAAACUAAAAGAUAAUAUGGUGUUUCUUUUAUUUUCAUAUAAUAAAUUAGUCAAAUCAAGCUUUAAAAUAUAUAAUGUAUCGGAAAACUGUUCUAUAGUGCUGAGAUAGGAAUAGAAAAGUCACAUUUUCAUGUGUUAAAACUUAUGUAUUCAAUGCAUGUUGUUACCUUUUAAAAUUAAAUUUUUAAUACAA